UGGACGCUGUCGAAGGGGAUGUCUGACGAUGGCUGCAGUGAUCCCUCCGUUGCGGAGUGGAGGGAGGGAAAACUCAUGAUGAUGACUGCGUGCGAUGACGGCCGCCGCAGGGUGUACGAGUCCGGUGACAAGGGGGAUUCGUGGACGGAGGCCCUCGGAACACUCUCGCGCGUGUGGGGCAACAACCAAAAGCGACAUGAGAAGGGCGUUGGAAGCGGGUUCAUCACAGCGACGAUUGAGAACAGGGACGUGAUGCUCGUUACUCUGCCGGCGCAUUCAAGGAGAAAGGGAAAAGAAAAGCGUGAACUUCAUCUUUGGCUGACGGACAAUACGCACAUUGUUGAUAUUGGGUCGGUGUCCGGUGAUGAUGACGCUGCCGCCAGCUCCCUGCUGUACAAAAGUGCUGGAAGUGGACAUAAUAAUAAUGAGGAGUUGAUUGCACUGUACGAGAAGAAGAAGGGCGAUGGGGAACCAUCACUCGGUGUGGUCUCUGUGCGUCUGACUGCGCAGCUGAAGCGGGUGAAGGAGGUGCUGGCGACCUGGAAGAAAGUGGACGAACGUGUCUCCAAGCUGUGCCUCACUUCACGUGCUGCGAAGAAUCCCUCAGCUGGCAAUGGCUGCAGCGCUGUUAAGACCGCGGAUGGUCUGGUUGGCUUUUUGUCCGGCAACUUCUCUGGUAACACAUGGAUGGACGAGUACCUCGGAGUGGACGCCACAGUGAGGAAAGGAACGAAUGGGGUGGCAACAGGGUAUGCUGAUGGAGUGACGUUCCAUGGAGCGUGGGCGGAGUGGCCUGUUGGGAGGCAGGGGGAGAAUCAGCUGUACCACUUUGCGAACCACAACUUCACUCUUGUGGCGACGCUGUCCGUCCACGGUGAGCCGAAGGGAGAUACCCCCAUUCCAUUGAUGGGUGCGACGAUGAAUGACAACAAGAAGACUGUGCUCCUGGGACUGUCAUACGACAAAGAGGGGAAGUGGCAGGUGCUGUGCGGUGGCAAAACGACCAAGGAGCUCCGCAUUAAUUGGGAGCCAGAGACAACACACCAAGUGGCCAUUGUGCUACGGAACGGCACCCAGGGCUCCGUGUACGUCGAUGGUCAGCGUGUGGGAGAUGCGUCAUGUGAAUUAAGAAACGCGGAUUCGAAAGGAAUCUCACACUUCUACAUUGGAGGGGAUGGAGGCAGCGCAGGGAGCAAAGAAGACGUGCCUGUGACCGCGACGAAUUUCCUGCUGUACAACCGCCCGUUGGAUGACAAUGAGAUCCGCGUCCUCAACGCAAACAAAAUUUCUAUUCCAAAGCUGACAGAUCUGAAAACAUUGGCGGCAGGAGCAACGGGUGUCGGUACCGCUCGUGACGGCGGGGCACAUGGUGGCAGCACUGUUUGCGGAGACGGACUGCUGCCGCUGCUCCUUCUGCUGGGACUGUGGGGGAUUGCCGCUUCUUGA